UUCCACGCACACGAGCGCCAUAUAAACGAACGCUGAACGCGUUCUAUGCUCUUGCCGAUUGCAAACCGCCGUUGCGAGCGCAGAACUGUGGGCACAAACAUCAAGGAUAAAAAUGGCAUUUUCCUGCACAGUCUUGGUGAUUCUCUGCUUGGCGGCAAGCUACGUCAGAUCGGCAAUCCCACCCGGCUAUAUUCUUGACAUUACUCCCGACUGUGGUUCUAACGGGAUCGAGGACGGUGUCGUCAACCUCAUGACGGACUUCAGUGCUGAAGCUAAGGCCAUAUGUGCCGGGGGAACCCAAGUCAAGUUCAGGUCCAAAGAUGGAGUCAACUAUGCAGUGCCCAUAUCCUACCCCGGCAAGGGAGGGAAGUCUGUCUGUAAAUACAAGAAAAAGCGAGAUUCCUUAGUCUACACAAUUCUAGUGAUCGUGGCCUUCGGCGAGCCCGGCAGUCGUCUUCACCAGUCUGACGAGGAGUACACUAUUACAUGUACCUUCCAACCAAAGGGCAAGAAAGACAGUGGUCCUCUGAAGAUCGUUCCAGGUGUAAGUGCUCCAAAGGUCAUAGAAGGCAAUAAGGCACCUCCCAGCCAGUCCGUGGUCAAGAUAUACUUGGUUGAUGUCAAGGGCGCCGCACUCACAGGGAACAUACCGACUGGCAAGAGCGUCCGACUCAUGGCACGAACCUACACAAAGACGGACUUAGGCAUACAAGUGGAGUCGUGUGACGCAAUGGAUUCUAAAGGAAACAGAUACUCCCUAUUGAGAGCUGGCUGUGGGGACGGCAUGAUCAUCAAUAAGAAUGAAGGCUUCAUCACUGCCGACAGGCGUUCGUUCAGCCCUUUCUUCAAGGUGUUCACCGUCAAUGGUGACUGGACGCUCCGGUUCGAAUGUAACUUUACAAUCUGUGCUGUAAAAUGCAAUGGUCCAUCCUGUUCAUCACAGAAAGUGGUACGGAGACGCAGAGACGCAAGUCUAGUUGGAAGACUGCAGUCUUUCAUAUCCGGAUGGAAGACCAAUAUGAUCACAGAACCUUACACCUUGACGGACAACGGAUUUACUGUCCAGCACAACGUCAACACCAACCAGCGUCGUUCAUCUAGGUUGUCCCGUGACCUACACAACCUAUAAAGGUUGAAAAAUGUACAGGGUGGUUGGUUGUCAAUAAACGUUAGUCUUAUUUUGGA